AUGGCAGCCGCCGGCUGGCCGCACUUCGUGCCGCGCGCGGAGCUGGACGUGGAGCUGCGGGAGCUCCGCGGCCGCCUGGAGCAGGUGGUCAGGAGCGUGGCUGGCCUCGAGGGCCGCGCGGGGCUGUCGGAGGACGCACUCGGAGAGCUGCGGGCCCGGUGUCGCGACGAGCUGGCCACCAGGCUGGCGCUGGGGGGUGUGGAGAGCCGCCUCGAGGUCGACAUCGGCAUCUGCAGGCAGGAGAGCUCGAGGAGGGGCUGCUCGAGCUCCGCGGCGCCCUUGGCGAGCAGGGCGCCGCGCUCCGCGCGGAGGCCGCCGCCGCGGCCGCCGAGUGGCGCGAGGGGCUGGCGCAGGCGCGGAGCGAGCGCGAGCGCCUGGAGGCGGCCGCUGGCGCGCUGA